AUGAUAAACAAGGUAUUUAGCUCUAUAAUUUUGUUUGUGGCAAGUUUAUUUUGUACUGCCAAGGCUCAAUCUGUUCCAAGAGAUGCAACAAGCAUACAAAUUACACUCUGGUUGAGUGUUUCCCUAGCUGCUACUUUGAUCGUCUUUCUAUAUUUCAUGAUUAAGACUGCACCAAAUACUGGGAGAGAUCCUCUGUUAAAUAUGAGAAUCAAAUCAGAGGCAGAUAAGUCAAAGUAA